UAAAUAAGACCGUUGCAUCGAGCAUAUCUCGUCAGUUGAAGAAGAUAAGUUGUAGAUUCUACACGAAGGGUUGUAAAGAACUUAGUGACAUCAUGAAGAUUGUUUUGUUCAUGGGGGCGCUGUGCCUCGCCACUACCCAGGCGGCCUUGCAGGGUCUGGACUGGGCAACAGUACAAGCGAUCCACGAUGCGGCUGUGCAGGCGAUGACUGAACAGUACAUCCAGGCCUUCAACAACAUCGCCACGGCCGCCGGAGAGUUCACCUACGUCAACGCCACCUGCGCGCGCGAACUGCAGGGAUCCUGCGGCCGCUGCGUCACAAAGAAGUGCCAGCAAUGGGCUAUGACCUGUGGUAUGACCCUGUCGGAGACCCCUGCUGACAUGACCAUGCUGGGCGGAGAGGCGGUCCAGGCUGACCUCAAAAAUCUGCAGAAGUUCAUCUCGCAAGGCGAGCGUCUGGACACCGGCGAAGCUAUCCAGUGCGCCGUUGACGCAGGUUCCCUGGCGCUCACCGCUGGAUCUUUGCUAGUCGGGAAGCGUGAAGUCGGUGAUGUCAUCUGCGAUACCAUCGGUGUGGUGGGCACAGCCGUGGACCUGGUUACCGGAGGAAUCGGUAGUAUCGUCGAGGGUGGAGUGAAUCUUAUUGAUGACGCCAUCUCAGCGAUCGGAAACCUCUUUGGAAAGAGGAAGAGGGAUCUGCAGUGUGACGUCCUGCAGUUGGAGCCCGAGGCAUCGUGUAUGCAGCUGGCACCGGAGUGUGGUGGGGAGUGCCAAGGUUGCGCUAGCAUGACGACCACGGCCGCACGUUUCCACAAGGCCAUGAAGAAGAACUCCUGGGCGAUGCGCAAGUCCAACGCCUUCCUGACACGCGCCGUGACCUAUGACCCCGUGUCAGGUGACAUGGUCGCUGAGGUGAUGGCGAUGGGACAGCGCAUGAAGGUUUCUCUGUCCGGGCCCAUGAACCCCGCUACCACCGGCAAACGUCUGGCCUCUUCCGUUCUGAAGAAGCUGCGUCAGUAAGCUGUCACCGCGUGAUUACGAGUGUCCUCAGGUGUAGUGCAUUAGCGCCAUUUUGCCCAGUUCAGGUUCACUUCAUGGUUGUGAGUCUUAUGACUAUCGUGUCAUGUGCACACUAACCAGCAGGGUUCCCAGAUAACCUAGCACCAUACUGUUCAAAAUU